CGGUGACGUCAUGCGUCGGAGCGAAUGAGGCAUCUUGUCACGUUCACGCGCUCCUUAACUGUCCCGUGAAGGGAGGGGUGCGAAACUAACGCUUCCAUUGCUGCGAGGCGCUGCGGCCAUGGCGGAGGCCCACCAGGCUGUGGCGUUCCAGUUCACCAUAACGCCAGAAGGCAUUGACCUCCAGCUGUCCUACCAGGCCCUGAACCAGAUCUACCUCUCCGGAGUGAGAUCCUGGAAGAAACGAGUCAGCCGCAUGAAGAACCGGGUGAUUAAGGGGGUGUACCCAGCCAGCCCUUCCUCCUGGCUCUUCGUUGCCAUAGCGAUCCUGGCCACCAUGUACAUGCAGUCCGAUCCCAGCAUGGGGCUCAUUUCCAAGAUCCAGCAGCACCUUCCACUAAGCCUCCACAUGUCUCUGAGCGCCCAGGGUCAGACCAUGCUGUCCGCCCUGGUCUUCAGCACCCUGCUGUGGCUCUCCCUCAUCCUCACCCUCAGGCUCUGCCUCAAGCUGCUGCUCUCCUACCAUCGCUGGAUGUUUGAGCUUCACGGGAAAGUCUCCAACACCACCAAAGUGUGGGUGAGCCUGCUGCGGUUAUUCUCGAGGAGGAAGCCUUUGCUGUACAGCUAUCAGACAUCUCUCCCUCACCUUCCUGUUCCCGCCAUCAAAGACACGCUGAGCAGAUACCUGGAGUCUGUUCGGCCGCUGCUGACCGACCAGGAGCUCAAACGGAUGACCGAUCUGGCCAACGACUUUGAGUCCACCCUGGGGAACCGGCUGCAGCGCUACCUGAAGCUUAAAGCGCUGUGGGCCACCAACUAUGUGAGCGACUGGUGGGAGGAGUACAUCUACCUCAGAGGCCGGGGCCCAAUAAUGGUCAACAGUAAUUACUACGGCAUGGACUUUCUGUAUGUGACGCCAACCACAGUCCAGGCUGCGAGGGCCGGUAACACCAUCACUGCUCUGCUGCUCUACCGCCGUAAGGUCAACAAGGAGGAGCUGACGCCGAGUCGUGUUCCGGGUACAGACAUCCCCCUGUGUGCUGCUCAGUGUGAGAGGAUGUUCAACACAACACGCACUCCAGGGGCAGAGACUGAUGUCCUGCAGCACUGGCUGGACAGCGAUUUUGUGGUGGUCUACCACAGGGGGCGUUAUUUCCGCCUUUGGGUUUACCGCGGAGGUCGGCUGCUUUCUCCAAGAGAGCUGGAGCACCAGAUCCAGAGUAUCCUGGAUGACCCUUCACCUCCAUUCCCUGGGGAGGAAAAACUGGGCGCUCUCACUGCCGGAGACAGGUGCCCUUGGGCUCAGAUGCGGAAGCAGUUCUUCAGCUCUGGGGUCAACAGGAGGUCACUGGAUGCCAUAGAGAGGGCAGCCUUCUUCGUGACCUUGGACGACGAGGAGCAAGGAAUGAAAGGAGACGACCCGGCUGGAAACCUGGACCGCUACGCCAAGUCUCUGCUCCAUGGAAAGUGUUAUGAUAGGUGGUUUGAUAAAUCCUUUUCCAUCGUGAUCUACAAAAACGGGAAGAACGGUCUCAACGCAGAGCACUCAUGGGCCGACGCUCCGACAGUGGCUCACCUUUGGGAGUACACCUUGGCCACAGACGCCUUCCAUCUGGGCUACACACAAGAUGGACACUGUAAAGGCGAGGUCGAGCGCUCGCUGCCCCCACCUCAGAGGCUUGCCUGGGACAUCCCUCCAGAGCUUCAGGCUCAAGUCUGCCGCUCCCUGGCUGUCGUCCAGGCACUAGCAGCAGACGUGGACUGCCACGUGUUUCCUUUCAGAGAGUUUGGAAAGGGUCGGAUCAAGAAGUGCCGCGUCAGCCCUGACGCCUUCAUACAGAUCAGCUUACAGCUGGCGCACUACAGGGACCGUGGUGGUUUCUGUUUGACGUACGAGGCAUCCAUGACUCGUUUGUUCAGGGAGGGACGAACAGAGACGGUUAGAUCCUGCUCAAGCGAGAGCUGCACCUUCGUCAAGGCUCUGGAGGGCAGGGAGACGGAGGAGGACUGCCGUCGCCUGUUCCGCCGGGCCGCUGAGAAACACCAGAACCUGUAUCGAAUGGCCAUGACGGGAGCUGGGAUAGACAGACACCUCUUCUGCCUCUAUGUGGUCUCCAAAUACCUGGGAGUGGACUCGCCUUUCCUCAGAGAGGUCUUGUCUGAGCCCUGGCGCCUCUCCACCAGUCAGACUCCCAUCCAGCAGAUGGAGCUGUUCGACCUGAAGAACCACCCGGAUUUCGUCUCACUUGGUGGAGGAUUUGGACCUGUUGCAGAUGACGGUUACGGGGUGUCAUACAUCAUUGUUGGUGAGGACAUGAUAAACUUCCAUGUGUCGUCCAAGUACUCCUGCAGUGAGACUGACUCCCGCAGGUUUGGAGUCCAGUUACGAAAAGCUCUUCAGGACAUCAUGGCUUUGCUCUCAGGUGACCCGAAAGGCUCAUCGAAGGGCUCGGCCCAGGUGCAGCCCAAGUAGCUCCUCUGUAAAAAGUACAGGCCUAAAAUGUUUAGAAUAUAAAUGAUUUUUUUUUACCUUUUAAGCAUGUUUGUUUGUAAAAGGGCUUCCAGUGUUUUCAUUUGUAAACGUACGUCUAGAAUUAACUCAUUCACUGCCAGCGUUUCUCACCGUUUUUACAGUUUUUGUAAGAGUCACAGAACGUUGCACACGCUAGGAUGAUGUCGAAAGUUUGUGUGGAAAGUUGCCAAAACAACCAAAACAAAGCGGAGACUCACCUCUUACAUCAGGAAGAAUCCGCGCGUUUCGAGCGUUAUCCGUUCUUUCAUAAUCCGUUGUUGAAUUGUGAUCGGCGAAGCUUUUCCGGUUUGCGCCUCACUUUUUUUACAGCAGCGGCCCAAAACGAUCUCCUAACACAUGGAUGUUCUGCUUCCUGAUCACGUGACGUGAGACGUACGCGGAUGAAGAUCGGCUUUAGAGCUGGAUGUUUGUUCUCACGGUGUGGGGGCUCGUCCGACGCCCACGCAGUAAAAACAUGUAAAUGACGACUAUAGUCGUCAUUGGCAGUGAACGAGUUAAACAGUCCUGAACAAAACUAAAAGGCUGCAGUGCUUUGAUCUUUUAACGUGUGUAUCAUGUACAAUACUGAAUUAAACACUUUUAAAAGA